GACUCCAACCCCUCCGUUACCCCACUCUACAUCCGUACCUCUCUCUCAUCACUCGUCUUUACACUGAAGCUUUCUGCUCUCGGGGAGCAACAACUCAAAUAUGCUCUGGUGGGAAUUGUUUUUGCUCCUGGUCCUUGGAGUUGUCCGGGUCAGGAAUCUGCCCAGCACAGACAUGAGGAUCAUACACGCCCUGCCAUUACAGCUGUCAGACCCAGCCCCCCAGGUUCUCUGUCCACUCUUCUGGACAAAGUUUGGGAGCAACUGCUAUCGUUACUUCCCCCUUAAUAAAACCUGGGCCGAAGCAGACUUCUACUGCGCAGAGUUCUCCAACGGUCUCAAAUCAGCCAAGCUCACUUCCAUCCAUAGCUGGGAGGAGAAUGUGUUUGUGUACGACCUGGUGAACAGCCAGAUCCUGGGAAUCCCCACGGAUAUCUGGAUAGGACUGCAUGACAGGAGACUGGAGGGCACUCCUGAGUGGACCGACGGCUCUGUCUAUCAGUACAGCUACUGGGAUGGCAACCAGCCGGAUGAUGGCAUCCACCGCAUCCCACAAGAAGAGGACUGUGUGGAAAUGUGGUUUCGUCAGAGCAGUGCACUGAGGUCAUGGAAUGACAACAGCUGUGACAAGGCUUUUUCUUUUGUUUGCAAGAUCCCCACCCUAGAGUACUAGCUCCUCCAUUGCUCUCAGUCGGCAGAGGCUCUGUGGUCAUCACCUCACUGUUCUUAUUUUUAGUACACCAUCAAACCUGUUAGUGACCUUUUGUGAUUGUUAACAUAAAAGUAUAGUUCAUACCUCUGUAUUUCUCUUCUUGUAAUCAUUCUGUUGGCACCUUUGCAUCAAAUCAGUAGUUAGGCUCAUCAAGGUGAUGUGUUAAACAAUAUAUGGAAUAUUUUGUAACAAGUCUUCAUUGAAAAGGCGACUUGUUCACACAUUCAUUCAUUCAUUCUUUCUUGAAGGGGUGAUAUCAUGCCACCAGGAGUGAGUGUACUUAGCUGUUACAAGCUGUUAGAAAUUGUAAAGAAGUGGGAUUCUCCACCUAGAUGUAUACUUGGUUGAUCAUUUUACCAGCCUACCCAGUGGUUUUAGCAAAUGUUGCUUAGCUAUCCAUCAUAUAUCGAGGUGGACACUCCCACUUGUAAUGUCACUAAAACCCAGAAAAAGGCUGAUUUUCAAACGGCUUAUAAUGCUCAUCAAACUCGCACCUUGUGGCAUUAUAUUAAACCUCUAAUAACAAUAACUAGCUAUGUUGCAUAAUAUUUACCUUCAACCUUUUAAAAAAUAGAAACUGUGUAAUAGCCUUUAGAGGGAUCUACCAUCCCUCUAAAAAUACAUCUCCAGAGAUGCCUGUUUUAAUAGUCCUUUUAUUGCUGAGAUAUAGGACUUCAGCCAUGACCCCUGGUCAACAGGUCUGGGAAAGCUCUUCUGACAUCAAUCAAACGAACAUGAUGCCCUACAAGCUGAGGACUUUAAACACUGUAUUUUGGUUUGUUCUAUAACCAAAUCAAUAAUUCCAGCUUGUCAAUUGCUGUGGUUGGCCAAGUGAGGCUUCGAAGGCCUUUGGAAAUUGGAUGGAAUUGGUACCCUUCUUUUGCAUUGGACAUGAAUCAGUGUUUCUAAUGAUUUUCUACAAUGAUUUUGUAAACUACAUACAAUAAAAAGCUAUUUUCCAUGAGUUAUUCUA